ACCCACAAGGGAGAGAGUGGGGGGGAGAGAGAUCUUUUUGGCUUCUCUGCCCUGCCCUGCUGCCUUCUCCCAUUGUACCCUUGCCCUUCUCAGGAGUCUCUGCCCCCCGUCACCCACGUUCCCUCUGUGCGGGCGUCUCUUCCACGAGGAAGGAAGCACUAGCUCUUGCUGCCGUGGUCUGCCGAUCGAGUUCGGAGGGGAAUGCUGAAGGAAGAUUGCAGGAUUCUCCAUUGAUUGCAGGACUUUGCUGGGAGGGGAGACUCGGGAAUUCAGGAUACAGUGGUUAUGGAUAGUUUAAGAUGUGAACAUAAUGGGAGAUUGUGUGUUCUGGAACUCACGCAUUUGUUGGAAAUGAUCGAAGAGGUAAGUUUUGGGUAAUCAACAUGGUCAAAACAGACGAGCCGUGGAGGGGCAGUUGAUUGGAGAAACGGGGUCUGUUUUCUGUAAAUUCCUUCUUUACGUCUCUGCUGUUUGGUUUUGUCCGACCACAUUUCUCUGGCUUUGUUCUUUCUAGGCUAACGAUGAAAUGAUCAAGUCUGGCGAACAGUAAAAAUGGGUGCCAAAAGAACAAGGGUUUGGGAGUUCAAUAAGGCAGAGGCGGUGAAAGCUUUAUUUGGAGAAGAGCUUGGAAGUUUGAUUGAUGGUGACUGUUGUCUUGACGGGUCUAACCGCGAAUACCAUAUAUUCUCUUCUGUGUUUUCUCAGACCAAUGAUUUGUGCGAAAAUACAGCAAGGAGUGUUCAAAAUGCUUGCCCCUUUGAUGGGUUCAAUUCACAUGCAAGUGUUCAACCUAUGUCAGGCAAUGCAGGAAAUGCAAAUGGUAAUAUGGAUGGUUUUGUGGUCUCAAAUUCCAGGAAAUCAGCCAGGACGGAUGAGUCUUGCGCCCCAGUGGUGGAUGGAGAUGGUUGUUGUACCUCUGGUACAAAUUUUGGGCCUCCAAAAGGGAAGUCUGGAGUUGGGCCUGAGUUAAGCGGUUAUAAACCCACGCUUCUGAUAGAGUACUCCUUUUUGCCAGUGGGAUUGGAGCCUCAAUGUGUGAAGGCGAAGCAGUUGAAGGUGUCUCCUGAUAGUACUGGUUCUUGUAUAGUUGGUGCGCCUUCUGAGAAUGGUUCUGGGAUGUCACAUUUGAAAAACUAUGAGAAGGUUGAAAAUUCUUCAAUACAUGGCUCUGGAUUGGUUGGUGCAUUAUCUGAAAUGAAUUGUCAAUUGUUGAAUGUAGAAUCUGAAGAGGAACUUGUCCACGGUUCCCUGCCUUUUGUGGCCUCAAAGGCAGUUGAUGAUGUUGUGGGAUCGAUUGGUCAUAGGAAAUUGAUCCAACACAUGGUAGGACCAGUAGACGAAUCUGCAGUUGAUGUUAGAUCAUCUGUCAAUGCUUCUGCCUUGAAAGAAAUAGCAUCAGAUGAUAUCAGGAAUGAGCAAGAUCACACCAGUUCCUGCCAAUCAUAUCAGAGAAUGUCGACUGCAUGCGAAGCCUCCAACGUGGAGACACAUAUCCCACAACGUGCUUUAGCAAGGGAAGUUAUGGAUACAGAUUUUGGGAAUGGAAAAUUAGGAGGUGGAAUUAAAUUGUGUUCCACACCUUUUUCUCAUUUGGAAAGCUCAUGUGCACCAUCGGAUUUAGAGUCCCAAGGUGCAGAAGUACAUAGUGAUGCUCCUGGUCCUGCUACUGUUGGUGCAUCUCAUGAGAAUGAUUCUCAGAUACUGAGCCUAGAACUUCAUGACAAGAAUGAAAACGAUCCAGUGCAUGGGUCUGGUUUAUUUGAGGGAUCUUCUGAUAAGAGUCCCUGUCUAGAAUUUAGAAAUGAUUCUGUGCAUUCAGUAGCCCUUGAGGUUGUCAGUGACACUAUCAAAUCAGGGCAUGACAAUGGGGCAGGUCAAUGCAUGUUAGGACCAAUCGCCAUAUUUUCAGCUGACAAUAUGACCUCUCAUGAUGAUCCUGCCAAGAAACAAGUAGGGUUAGGUAGAGAACAUGAGCAAUGGUGCUCCACAGAAUUAGGUCAGAAAAAGUUAAUUGCUUCUGAAGCUAAUGGAUGGGAUACACAUAGGCCAAAUAAUGUUUUGGCUAGAGAAGCCGCAAAAACAGACAUUGAAGGUCUGAAGGGGAAACUCAGGCUUCGGAGCAAGUUACACACAAAAUCUGCCUCUUCUACAGAACACCCUUGCUUUUCUCUGUCACUAGGCGGUCAAGGUGUGAAAUCCAAGCCGGUAAAAUUGCACACUGGUAUUCCUGGUUCUGAGGAGGUGGCUGCAUCACAUGAAAAUGGUUCAGGGAUCUUGAACUCAAGCCACAAAUUAAAAUUUCACAAUGAUUUAGUGCAUGGGACUGUCUUGGUUGAUGCAUCUAAUGCAACCAGGUCUGGGAUGUUGAGUUCAAAGGCGGAAGAAAAGAAUGGGGAUGUUUCUGUGCAUUCAGUGUUCCUCACAGUGGUUGAUAAUGCUACUGAAUCAAUAGACAAUAGGGUGGUGACUCAAUAUAUUAGAGGAUUAGUGGCUGAAUCUAUGGUUGAUGAUAUGUUUUCUCAUGAUGGUGCCUCCAAGAAACAAGCAGCAUCAGACUCUAGGGAAGUUGAGGAAGAAUGCUCAGAUUGUUUUCAAUCACAUCAGAAAAUGUCAGCAGCUUCUGAAGCAUCGUGCUUGCACACACCAAGCCCAAGUGAUGGUUUGGCUAAAGAGACCAUUGAUGCAAAAGUCAUGAUCAUGUCUCCUGUUUCACAGGAGAGCUCUGCUCCUAAGAUUGAUGAGAACAAUGCAGUUGUUAUAUUUGGUGACGACAUCCAACCUUUAAGCAUCUAUACAGAAGAGACUGAUAAGAGAACACAGGAAGCACUGCUUUUAAUGUCCGAGGAGGUUAAACCAUCAUGGAAGAAAACCUUCACUGCUGAACUCCGUGUUAAGCUCUUCCAAUAUGUAAAAGCUUUUCUUGUAUCUGCAGGAUUCGAGGUGCAAUUGCGUCACAGGCUUACAAAAAAUGCUGUUGAUUCUGUCUAUGUGUCACCUGGGAAUAAAAGGAUUCGUUAUACAUCAGCCAUCAAAGCAUGGAAGGCAUCUGCUAAAAUGCUAUUUUGCGGCAAGAACAAGCCUGUAUUUGACUCAGCUGAAAGAAAGUGGGAUGGAACAACUGAAUUUUGGGCCGACUUAACUGAUGCAUUAGCUCUAGUUGAAGGAGAGGUACAACAUUGGGGUCAUCAUGUUGCAUCACUAAAGAGAUGGAUUCUAUUUGACCCCUUUGUGACUAUGCUGUUUAUCAAGAGGCUUGAACCACUGAAAGGCAGAGAGGGUACAAAAGCUUUGAGGAGAUCAACUAAUAACUCUCAUUGCUGCCGAUCAUCAAAACGUUUGGCCACUAAAAGGAGGUUGGAACUCCUUGCCCCUGAUGAUGAACCUGGAAGGUUGGAUUUGAGCCUAGUACCGCAGCUAGAAUCGGACGGUUCUCACAGCCAGUUGACUGAAUCUCUGCACAUUGAUGGAAGUGAAGGCUUGCAUGGUACAUUAUGCAGGCGUGCUUUGAACAGGAAUUCUAUCCAAAAUGCUGGCAUGCAACCACUUGAAGCUUCAUCGUAUGCGUCACCCAGUAUUUCUUUUGACAUUGUUCCUCAUGAUGUAGGCGCAACCUGUACUUCACAAAGAUGUAAAGCCUCAGAUUUUUUUGUUGUUGAUUCUGGUGUUGAAGGCAGUCAGAUGGGUGUUCUAAGGAAUAUUAAAGUAGCCAAUAAGCAAAAAGAAGCACAGUUGGCCAUCUUUGAGAGGGGCUCGAAUCACAAAAAUGAAUUACCUGAACACCUUUGGGUGAAUGAAAAGCCAUCACCUGCUCAAAAGCAGGCUAAACAGCAUAAGAGUGUCCAGCAUGUUGGUUGCCGUAGGAGUUCUCGCAGGAAGGGUACUUCUGCUGGUACUGAUGAUGGUGCAUGCCUGGCUGAAAUUUCGGAUGAUAACCAAGAUUUAACUUUGAUUUCCAAGGAAAUUUUUUACUCUAAAAAUCAUGGGAAGCUAAGAUGCGAUGUCUCAGAAGGUCCCAAUUUUGAGGGACCUAGUCCUAAGAAAAUGUUGACUGGGAAGUACAAGGAGCCAUUGAUAAUUGAAGCCAACAAGUUAUGUGACAGUGACUUGGAAGUAGAUGCUUCACCAGCUUGUGAAAGUAGAAGACGGUUCAUAAGCCCAGGCCGUCAAAGUGAAAGGCUUAAAAGGGCCUCCGAAUCUCCAGCUACAAAACAAUGUAAAGCAGAUAGAAAAUCUUCUCUUGCUGGUACAUUUGUGCAACAAGUUACCAAUAAAACGAAUAACAAAUCUCAUGAUGAAAUUCAUGCCCUAAAGAAACAAAAACUUGUUGCAGAUGAUGAAAGGAAUAGCCCAGCCAGGGCUUCCACUGGUGAUCUGUUUGUUGAUCAUGAAGAUAGCUGGAAAGUUGUGAAUUUAUAUACAUCUAAGGCUUACAAUGAAAGUGGACGAAAGAAAAUAAAAGAUGGUGCUGUUUCAAGUAAAAAAGGAUGUCGAAUAAAUGAUGACGAUCUCUUGAUUGCAGCUAUAAUAAAAAAUAAGGAUUUCACUUGUACGAAACAGUCUCCUCUCAGAGGAAGGAAGGCAACAUCACGAACAAAAAGGAAGCUGAAGAGUCAAAAAGGUGGCUGCAAGUUGCUUCCACGGAAUCUCGUCCAAGCUGCACAGCAUCCAUUAGAGGGAGAGCAGUCUACAUUGCACAAAAGGACAAUCCUAUCUUGGAUGAUUGAUUCUGGUGCUUUAUUUGAAAAUGAGCUAGUUCAUUACCGAAGCCCAAAAAGUGGGGCACUGGUUAAAGAUGGAUGGGUUACAAGGGAUGGCCUGUUAUGCAAAUGUUGUAAUAAUUUGUUUUCCCUGUUAGCUUUUAAGAUCCAUGCUGGUUGCAAAGCUGGCCGUUUAUCAUUAAAUCUUUUUGUGGAGAGUGGUGAAUCCUUCACUCUAUGUCAGCUUCGGGCUUGGUCAGCUGAGUACAAGACUAGAAAAGGCAGCAUACGUGCGGCAGAAAUUAAUGAGGUGGACCUUAAUGAUGAUACCUGUGGAAUUUGUGGGGAUGGAGGUGUGCUAAUAUGUUGUGACAGCUGCCCAUCUACUUUUCAUCAUGCUUGCCUAAACAAUCAGUUGCUUCCUGAGGACAAGUGGUAUUGCCCAUACUGUAUCUGCGAGUUCUGUGGUGAAGUUGCUCAGCAGGAUGUGUUGGAGUGUUCACAGUGUGAACGCAAAUAUCAUAAGCCCUGUUUGGCUGAUAGAGUUCGGUGUGAGGGUGAUGCAUCAAUCACAGAAACAUGGUUUUGUGGAGAGAACUGUCAGAAGGUUUAUUCAGAAUUACGUUCUCAUAUUGGAGUUGUGCACCAUAUUGAAGGAGGUUUUUCUUGGACGCUUCUGAAAUGCAUUGACAGCGAUCCAAAAGUUCGUUCAGUACAAAAACUUGCAUUAAUGGCAGAGUGCAAUACUAAACUAGCUGUUGCACUUACUAUUAUGGAAGAGUGCUUUAUGCCUAUGAUAGACCCAAGAACUGGCAUUGAUAUGAUUCCACAUGUCCUAUAUAGUUGGGGAUCUAAUUUUGCACGGCUAAAUUAUCAAGGGUUUUAUACUGUGAUCCUGGAGAGAGGCGAUGAGCUCAUCUCUGUAGCAUCCAUGAGGGUGCAUGGAGUUGUAGUGGCAGAGUUGCCCCUUGUUGCAACUUGUAGUGGAUAUCGUCGUCAGGGCAUGUGUCGCCGGCUUAUUAAGGCCAUUGAAGAGAUGUUAAUGUCUGUCAAAGUGGAAAGGCUGGUAAUAUCAGCUAUUCCUGAAUUAAUUGACACUUGGACGUCUGCAUUUGGAUUCAAACACAUAGAUGAUUCUUCUAAGGAGCUAUACAAUAGGAUCAACUUGAUGGUGUUUCCUGGAACAACAUUACUAGAAAAGCGCUUGAAUUGUCUGCAACCAUUUGAAGGGCAAGCAGGGGAAAGGUGCAAGGUGUCAACAGAAAGAUCUGAAGUGCCUCCGUUCAAGGCAUUUCCUGUGCUUGAAGCCGGUCAGCAAGUUGCUACUAUUCAGAAUGCUAAAAAUGACAUGGAGAUGGAAUCUGUUCAUGAGAAUCCAUUGCUAAGAGAAACACCUGCAGAUAUCUCUUUGCUCACAGUUGCAAGUGUUGCAGCUGAUUUUUCAAGAGAUGUUCCUCCAACACGUGCUACUCCCGUAGCCACCAAUAUCAUUUCAGAUGUCAUUGAUAGACUUGAGACCUGCAGUAUGCAGAACAAAGCAGUGGAAGACACUGAAGGGAAUCAUGCUGUUGAUAUGGUGACAACAGUUACAAGUGUUUCUACUGAUGAUGGUGAUUCCUAUCAUUCUGUGCCUGCAGAGAAAAUUGCUAAUGACAUUCCAUGUGGGGUCACAGAUGGUGAUAUCCUGUCCUCCAAAGCAAAGGAUUGUUCAGAUGGCACAUUGGGUCAGGAAAGUGGAAGUUCAAAGCCUGAUCUGGAGGGAUAUGGGAAUUUGGAAAAUAGCAUUGAAGUGGCAAAAUCUACUGCUGAGAUCUAUCUUGCAAUAGACAAACCCAGGAUUUUAGAGAGCUGCAACUGCGGUGAGUUGGUUGGCAAACAUGAACAUUGUGGAAACAGAGUCGACCUGACUAUCUCAAAAUCUGCAGAUGCUCACAUAGUCAAUGACUUUAAAAUAACAUCUCCUGUACUGCAGGAAGGAUCUUCCGAUGGCACUUCAGGUUCAAUGUAUGUUCCAUUGUUGUGUACAUCAGAGGAACAAAACCAUGAGAUUGCUAAGGUGAUAGAAGAUCAUCUUGCUUCAGUGAAUCUUUCCAAUAUUGAUCUUAGAACCCCACAGAAAGAAGGGCUGGAAUUAUCUCUAGGUGAAAAUAAAACUAGUGAGGAACUCUAUGUUGAGAAAAGUUCAGGGAACUUCCUAGUAGACUGUGUUUUGAGGCUGUCCAGCAGUGGAUUGAAUGCAAAUCAAAAUGGUCAUGUCAUGGAAGUAUUUCAUUCAAAAAGGUUAGAAAAUGAAGAUCGUCAGAUUGUCAACUUGAAUGUGGACGAGGUUUCCAGUAUACCAGAAAAUGCUUCUCAGCAUGAAUAUUCUAUCUCUUGCCCUGAAGUUGAUUUAGCUGCUUCAUUAGAUUCCUCUUCUUUUGAUCCAGAGGCUGAAACAGCAAAAGUUCUUGACCCAGAAUGUCCCACAAUAAAACAUCCUGAUGGUCCUGCUGAGUUGAAUGUGAUGAGGCUUCCAUCAGAGUCACUGACUGAGAAUCUGAAAGUUGAAAAAGCUACUGUGAACACGGGAGACAAGGCCAUCAAUUUCUUCCAAGAUAACAGUGGGGAAGAGAGAAUAGCUAGAGAAUUGGUGAGAACUCGAAAUGUUGAUAAAAAAUUUCCCAACCUCUUUCUUGAUCCCUCAACUAUGGAAUGUGAAAGUUGUCAGAAACCUACUGGGAAUGUUGAGGAUCCUUCAAAAAGACUGAAUUUUAGUCCUUCUUGCAGAUCAACCAAAGGUAAGGGUAUACCAUCAAAGUCCUACUUCUUGCGUUCCAUAGUAGGUUCUGGUACUCUUGCUGAGGAUCAGAAUUCUCCAUCGGUUCCAAAGAGUGCCAAAGAAACAAGUCCUGUACACAAGGAGAUUGUUCUGGGUUUGGGGUGCCAACCGUUUGAUGAUGUCCCUUUGAAGAGCAGUUCUAUUAAGGGCAAUGGUGGAAACCCAAAGUUUCAUGACUGGUUAUAAGGGUUAACUUCCUAAAUCAUUUGUACCAUUCUUUUAACUGGCGAGUAAUGGUGAAAAUUUUUGCUGGACAUUAAUGCAGCUUCCUCGAAUUUGUCAUCAGGCCAUAAUGCCAGAGCUAAACUGCAAAAAGUAUGCUGAAACUGGCCCUUGUUUAUUGGAUUAUAAUCAGAUAAAGUGGAACCUCUAUACUUAAGCUCUACAUUUGGUUCUUCAUUUUUUUGUGAAAAGCCUGCCCUCUACAGUCAAGCAAUCAGGCGGUUCUUUUGUGCAGUCCAUGGAUAUAUCACUGUCUUCUGUUAGAGCAGCAGAAAUAUUGGGCUAUGAAUAUUCAACAUGUUGGUGCUUGGUUUCAGUAAUCCAGUGAGGAUUUCCAUGGAGAUUGUUUUUACCAUGCGUUCAUGAUCAAAUAUGUUUCACGAAAUCUGGUAACAUGGUGUGAGGGGACUUUGAGAAUGCCCCCUUGAAUUUUUGGGGUGGUCAGAUCUCGUCAGGAUUUUCUCCAGAAAUUUAUCUUUUUUAGCAUGCUAGAUGUUGGUUCCACUACUAUGUCCUGUCCAUGGGCAGUAUUGGAAAAUGAAUUUCAGGCUCCAGCUUCCGUGAGUUCAGUUGAACCAAUAACAGCUAGCGAAAAUGACUUGGAAAGAUUGGCAGUUAUGACAUCAUCAGAUCUUCACUUUCAAUAUGAACAUGAAGCUUGCAAAUUAGUAAAGAUCUUCUCUGUAGCUCUUUAACAUAGAAACAGUUGACUAACCAUUCGACAUUCAAUCACAUAAAAUGUAGCUGACCACCUGAAUGAUCACCAUGACACAUGGUCCUUGUCUUGCUGAUUUUGGUUGUCCAUGUUUACUCCUAUCUACUUGAAUUUUGUAAAUCAAUGUAUUACCUGUGAAUGAGAAUAAAAAGCUUCUGUUAAAA